GUCGAGUCGGCAAACUCCAGGCAGAUAGAGCAGAGAUUUCACCGUGUCGAACACAAAGUUAACGAGAACUUUCUGUAUAAAAAAUGGCCGAUAAACAACGAACGAUCGUGGUAGCGAUGGAUGGAAGCGAACAUGCUGUGAAUGCAUUCAAAUGGUUUUGUAAAUCAAUCAAACGUGAUGACGAUCAGGUAGUCAUGGUGUACUCUGUGGAGGUUUACGACCCACUGUAUGCAACUCAGUGGUUCAAUGUUCCAUAUUCCGUUGACAGAACAGCUUUAAAAGCAAUGUUAGAAAAGCACGCAGAAGAAGUCAAAAAGAAGCUGGAACAAUUUGCGGAAAUUAUGAGAAGUGAACAUGCGUCUGGUAAGGUUCGAAGCACACACGCCGAAAAACCCGGUGAGGGAAUCCUGAAAACUGCCAAAGACUUAAACGCUGAUAUGAUUGUGCUGGGGACCCGGGGAAUGGGAACCAUUAGGAGAACAAUUUUGGGGAGUGUCAGUGACUACGUCCUCCAUCAUUCAUCCAUCCCAGUUAUCAUCUGUCCCCCCAAGUAAAGUCACGUUCAAUAGAGUCAUUGAAAUGCUCUUAUUCGUAACUGACUUACAUGCAUAUUUUAUGCUGUAAGUUCUUCGAAGGCAGACAACUCAGAGCGAACGUUUUUACUUGUAAAGUAGAGACAGUUUUAAUUGUUAAAAAUUCUUAAGGAUUAGUUUUAUAUCAGGGAUGUUAUUUAAGGGUAGGUUAUUUGUUUGAUGAAUAAAGCAUAAUAAAAGCUGCUGUUUUGAAUCGAAAUGUCAUAAUACAAUGUACCUUCAUGUAUUCUAUAUAUAACAGAUACUUGUUAUAGGGUUUUGUGUGUCAGUAUGUUCCUAUGUUUUGUGUAUG